UUCAGUAUUACGUUUGUCCCAUUUGGUGUGCUGUAGUUCACACGAGGUCAUAGGUUGUUUUCAGUAUGGCGGCGACCAUGCCAUCGGCUUGUGACCCAACCAUCGAUGACAUCGAGGACAUGGUGUCCGCACAUGAUCCGACACCAAACGAGCGUCAGUUCGCCAGGAAAAGCAUCGUCCCACGCUCCCGGAGACGCAAGUUGGAUCAGCAGACAACCGAGGAAUUACAGACAGACAGCCUGAUCCCCGGCACACAGAAGAUCUGGAUGCGGACAUGGGGCUGCUCCCACAACAGCUCAGACGGGGAGUACAUGGCCGGCCAGCUGGCGGCCAGCGGCUACAAGAUGACAGAUGACCCUGCGGAGGCUGACCUCUGGUUGUUGAACAGCUGCACUGUAAAGAACCCGGCCGAGGACCACUUCAGGAACUCUAUCAAGAAAGCUCAAGAGCAGGAUAAGAAGGUGGUGUUGGCUGGCUGUGUUCCUCAGGCUCAGCCCAGGAUGGACUACCUCAAAGGCCUCAGCAUCAUCGGGGUGCAGCAGAUUGACCGUGUUGUGGAGGUUGUGGAUGAAGCUGUCAAAGGUCACUCGGUGCGUCUGCUGGGCCAGAAGAAGGACGGGGGGCGGCGUCUGGGUGGCGCUCGGCUGGACCUGCCCAAGAUCAGGAAGAACCCGCUCAUAGAGAUCAUCUCCAUCAACACGGGGUGUCUGAACGCCUGUACGUACUGUAAGACUAAGCACGCCCGUGGGGAUUUGGCCAGCUACCCCGUGGAGGAGCUGGUGGAGCGAGCCCGGCAGUCCUUCCAGGAGGGUGUGUGUGAGCUGUGGCUGACGAGUGAGGACACGGGCGCCUACGGCCGGGACAUUGGCACAGACCUGCCCACGCUGCUGUGGAAGCUGGUGGAGGAGAUACCCGACGGUGCCAUGCUCAGGCUGGGCAUGACCAACCCGCCAUACAUCCUCGAACACCUGGAGGAGAUGGCUAAGAUCCUGGCUCACCCGCGUGUGUAUGCCUUCCUGCACGUGCCGGUCCAGUCUGCGUCUGACAGCGUCCUCAUGGACAUGAAGCGCGAGUACUGCGCUGACGACUUCAGACACGUCGUGGACUUCCUCAAGGAGAGGUACGCCCCCACUCACACACACGCUCAGCAGUCUCCCUCCCUGGGCCCCAGGGUUCUGUCCUGCCGGGGCAGAUGUGUGUGUGGGAGUGUGUGGGCUGUCCUGGCCCUCAGCUCCAUCCUGGAGCCGGAGCCGGCAAGAUACUGUGUAAGGAACGAACAGGUCCCCCUGCUCCAAUUGUUUUUCGACGGGACCUCCGACCUGAAAACAGAUUUUCGUCUGAGCAGACCCACCACCAUGAGGCUGAUUGCGCUCUUGCGCCACAAUGAGCAACGGUGUUCUGGCUGGGGCCUUGAACUGGAGGUCUUGGUCUUCCUGUUCUGGCUCGCCAGUGCCACCUCCUAUAGAGUGGUGUCAAGGGUCUUUGCUAUGCCACGCACAACAAUUCACGACAUAAUCCACCGCGUCUCAGGGAACAUCCUUAGGCUCAAGGAGCGAAUAAUCUCCCUCCCCCAUGCCAUGGACCUGGACACCAUCGGCGAUGGUUUUGCUCAGCUGGCACGUUCCCCAGCCUUUUCCAAGGUUGUGGGAGCCAUUGAUGGCUGCCAAGUCAGGAUCAAGCCACCAUCACAGAAUCAGGCCUGCUAUUUAAACAGGAAACUGUUUUUUUCAGUGCAGCUGCAGGCGGUGUGCAACAGCAAGGGGCUGUUCCUGGACAUAUGUGUUGGCUACCCAGGGUCAGUCCAUGACGCCCGGGUGUACAGGAACAGCCCCAUUUUUGCGGACAAACUGUACCCCCCACAGGGUUACCUUAUCCUUGGGGACGGUGGGUAUCCCUGCACGCCAUCCUUGAUAACACCCUACCGUGAACCAGUGGUGAGAGAAAUUGACAGGCGGUUCAAUCAGCAUCACGCCAAGGCCCGUUCAAUAAUUGAACGGGCCUUCGGCAUCUUGAAGACCCGCUGGAGGACCAUCUUCUUAAAAGCCCUGGAGGUCAAGCCCACCUUUGCGCCAGUGGUCAUUGCAUGUUGUGCAAUUUUGCACAACAUUGCAAUGGACCUGGAGGACUUGCCCUUGGAGGAGGUGGUGAUGGUGAGGGACGACAAUCAAGACCAGCCUCCCCAACAGCAGUUGGAUCCCAGUGGGGAGGAAAAAAAGCAGAGAACCAAAGAGCUGUCAGCACUCUUCCACUCCUACAACCCCUACGAUCAUAAGAUGGGCGAGAGACAAAAGGUGCUUGUGACGGAGGAGUCUUUUGAUGCUCAGUACUAUGUAGCACACAACAAGUUCUACGAACAGGUGCUGGUGCCUAAGAGCCCUGAGUUCAAGGGGAAGAUGAUAGAGGUGGACAUCUAUGAGACGGGGAAGCACUACAUGAAGGGGAGUCUGGUGGAGGAGUCGCCCGUCUUCACCCCCUCCAUCAGCCAGCCCCUGCAGCCGGG